UUGAUUCAAGCGAACAUGGUUGCUAAAGGAAUAAGUAAUAAAAGUUGUGAUCGAAUUGAAAAAUUUCAAAAUAAGUAAAUAUUUAUUUAGUGAUUUAUGAUGGAAACUAAUAAAACAUCUCCAGAGUCCAGUUGUAUAUACUUACAAAAUUGGCUUGUGUUAACAACAUUUUGUGAAAUUGUGUCAGUCUUAAUAUAUGUAUGUAAACUAAACUCUAUUGACCACUUUGAUGUAGAAAAAAUGUUUGAAAAGUGACAUAUUUUUAAAACAAAGGCAAAAGUCUCAUGAAAAACAAGAAAAAUAAGUAAAACUGCAACAUUAUCUGUACACUUCCUUAUUUUGUUUUCUUUAACCUUGCAAAUCAUUAUUUCAAAAUAAUGAAGAUCUGUCCAUUUUAAUAACACUCUUACGUAAACAAGAUCUGUCCCUGCUAUUAGCUUUUUUGUACUCUGAAAACUUUUCGCAGAUAUUUUUGCAAAAUUUUUGAUAAAGACCUGUUCAAACAAAGAUUGGGAAACCUCUUUUUCGUGUCAAGAUAAAAGAGAGAUAAUUGCUACUGUCAACAGCAAUUACUCGUGUUUAACCUUGUAGUUACAUUUUUGUGUUAGUUUUAUGUUUAUUCCUUUAGUAGUUGUGUGCAUUUGACAUGUCUCGAGACAGAUACAACUCUUGGGAACCAAUUCCAUACGAUCCCGAUUUCAACGGUCCUUUACGUCGCCGCUCUUGCACCGAUAUCAUUUGCCUUUUAAUUUUUUUCGUAUUUAUUGGAUGUUGGGCGGGAGUUGCAAUUUAUGCUUUUAGUAGUGGAGAUCCUAAUACUUUAUUGGUGCCUAAAGAUUCAUACGGUAGUCGAUGUGGGUUGGACGAACAUGUCAAAAACCGGCCCUAUCUAUUUUUCUUCGAUUUAAGUAAAUGUUUUUCACCUUCAGUACCUUUCACGGGAUGUCAAACGAGACAAGUUUGUGUGGAAAAAUGUCCCGAUUAUUAUUACUCUUUUGAUCAAGAGCCGACUAACUAUAAGAAUAAAUUGAUAUGUGACUAUGAUGUUGACCUCAAUAAUGGGGAUCCAAAAGCAUUGGUCGAGAAUGGAAAAUGUGCGAAAUAUUAUUUCAAGAGUUCCUCAUUCUUAAACAGAUGUUUGUACAAUACUGCUGAUCGUAACAAGCCUAGCAAGGAUACAAACAUAGAAAAAGAAAUUUCUGAAUUAAAAAAACAUUUGAAUAAAAUUGCAAUGUGGAUGUCCCUAUUUGUUCAAAAUACGAUUGGUUAUUUCACAGAAAAUCAAAACUAUCAACAGGUGGGCCAGAAUAUCGUCGAUGAUCUUGUAGAAUCCUGGUGGAAAAUACUUGCAGGUGUUGGGAUUGCAGUUGUCGUAUCUGUAAUUUAUAUUAUGAUGUUGAGAUGGUUGGCUGCUCCUUUGGUGUGGCUUAGUUUGAUUGGAGUUUUAGCAUUGUUGAUUGCAGGAGUUUAUUUCACAACAGUGAAAUACAUAGAAUUGAAAGAUAAAACGGAUGAAGACGUUGAAACUAACAACAUUAUCGAAUCGUACGCUACGAAAAAAGACACGUGGCUGGUUUUGCUUAUAAUUUGUUCGAUUGUCCUUGCAAUUGUUCUCCUUAUGAUGAUUUUCUUGAGGAAAAGAAUCAUUCUGGCUAUCGCAUUGGUAAAAGAAGGCAGCAAAGCCGUAAGUUCGGUCACUUCGGUACUCUUUUUCCCCAUUUUCCCUUGGAUUCUUCAAAUUGGAGUUAUAGCGUUUGCGAUUUGUGUCGCCCUGUAUCUUGCAACUACAGGUGAUCCUGAGUAUAAAGUUCGAGGAAUGACUAGUGACUGUCCAUGUUUCAAUAUUUCAACUAUACACAAUGGUACAAAAUGUGAUCCAGCACAAUUCAAAAAUUUCACAUGUUUAGCCUCCACACUUUGUUCGGGUGUCACUUGUAAAUUCACAACCAUGAACAACCCCAAAUGGUACCCAUAUUUGCAAGCAUUCAACGUGUUUGGCUUUUUCUGGGGCACUUUUUUCGUCUCGGCCCUUGGCCAAAUGAUCCUAGCUUCAGUUUUUGCCACGUGGUACUGGACUUUCAAUAAAUCAAAUUUGCCAUUUUUUGCGGUACUAGAAGCGACUGGACGAACCCUUAGGUACCACAUUGGUACUCUCGCCUUUGGUUCCCUGAUUAUCGCCAUAUGUAGGAUGAUUCGAGUCGCAUUGGAAUACAUCGACCACAAACUUAAAAAGUACGACAAUGGAAUAACUAAAGCGAUUUUGUGUUGUUGCAAAUGUUUCUUCUGGUGUUUGGAAAAAUUCUUGAAGUUUAUAAACCGAAAUGCGUAUAUUAUGUGUGCAAUUCACGGCAAAAACUUUUGCAUGAGUGCCAAAGAUGCGUUCAUGCUUUUGAUGAGAAAUAUUUUGCGAGUGUUUGUUUUGGAUAAAGUAACCGAUUUUCUAUUCUUUAUGGGAAAACUUCUGAUUACGAUGGGAGUUGGAGCAAUUUCGUAUGUCCUGUUUGCCACUGAUUUAACAGGAAUUGAUAAUUCUGGAUUACACUAUGAGCUUGUUCCUGUUAUUGUUAUUAUGAUUAUCACAUACAUUGUUGCUACGGUCUUUUUCAACGUUUAUAGUAUGGCUGUGGACACUCUCUUCUUGUGUUUCCUUGAAGAUUGUGAACGGAAUGAUGGAAGCAGUGAAAAGCCCUAUUACAUGUCUAGGAAUUUGAUGAAAAUUUUGGGUAAAAAAAAUAAAAAGGAUUGAAAUUUUAAGUCACUAGGUAUGUAAGUAGACGCACUGUAUUGAUGCAUUCUGUGAUAUUACAUAAAGUAUGUCUAAAUAAUUAAGUUUUUGUAAUUAUAUAAUUAUUUUACUGGGUUAUGUUAAUUACUUGUAAGUGCCAUUGAAAAUAAAGUCUGAUCUUGCAAAAAACGUA